AGAAUCGCCGUUUCUUUAUGCAUCGAGCCAAUUGUAUGAAGGCUUGUAAAUAUAUACCGGUACAACAUAAUAGAAAUCAACAUGAGUCUUGGCUACCCAUCUGUUCGGCCCCAGACUGAGGGCAUGAGGCCUGUCCAACUCCCAGCUGGACCUUACGGGAUCCCAGAUGUCAUGGUCCAUGGAUUCCAGAGUGGUAAGGCAGCUACAGUGAGCAGACAUCCUUUGGAACACACAGAGUCUAAUUGGGUGGAGAACCAGCGUCAGAUGGAUAUGGCAAUGCUGAGGAACAUGCAGGGUCUCCAUGCCCCACUCCGCCUCCAGAUGGAGAGAAAUGUCACAUCUAGGUUUCAGAGGCUGCCAUGUCUGAACAGCUCGAACCUGCUGGAAGAUACGCUGACAGGGAGAGACGAUCUUAUUGACUUUGGUGACAUUCUUAAUAACCCAAAUGAGGCUGAAGUCGUAGGUCAGCCACACGUGUUGAUGGAGAAGCGCCUGAAGCUACUCUAGCUCCUGUUGUACAUUAUGAUGUUAUUUUCCCUUGUCAUCUGUCACACUUGUAUGUACUGAAUAAACAAUCACCAUAAAA